GAAAGAAAAAAAGAGUUAGCUUAAAAAACGGGGUUUUUUUCCGGUUGGUAAGGAAACAAGGUCUGAGUGAGAGCAAGGGUUUUUGUAAGACAAUAAACGGCGGUGCAGUGCUGACGCCGAUGGGGACCGCGGCGGUGGAGAAGACGGAGGAAGUACUCCGCAGCGAGAUCGACGAGCUUCUUCGCCAACAGCGCGAGAUUACUGAGAGGCUUCGAGAUCCUCGAGGUCUUCGCAGAGGUGCCUUGGCGGGGCCUGCUCUUCGAACUAACGGUGCUGUUCGCCAAAGACCCUUCAUUCGCUCUGGAGACAGGAAUGAAUCCGAAGAUCAACCUCCUGCGAAACGUAGGCUUUCAUCCGCUGUGGUUAAGGUGGAUGAUGGCGAGUUACCUGAAGAUGCUGAUGCAGGACAGGAUGGAAAGGAAAAGGAUUCAGCUAUUGAAGGUGUGAAUGGGACUGGUGCAGUGAUCCAGAGUGAUAGGAACCUUUUCAAUUCUCACCAAAGUGGAUGGUCUAAGAGAGAUGGCAAUCAAAGAACUUCCAAGGUUUCUGAUAUUCCCCCCGCGGAACAUGUUCCAAGGGUACUGCCAAAGAAUGAGGAUCCCAGUUUGGUUAAUAGGAAUAAAAGAAUGUUGGGUCAGCUUCUGGGAACUCUGGAGAAAUUCAGAAAGGAAGACAUGCAACUCUCGGGAACAGAGGCAUAUAUGCGAAGAUCCAACUCCUUGCAAAGAGCGGAGCAAAGGGCACGUGAAGAAAGUGAAAGGCUUAGGAAAGAAGAGCGUGAACAACUUGCUGAAAAACGAAGGAGAGACUUGACCCUUAGGGCUCGUGUGUCUGCUAAGACAGAAGAAAAGAAAUUGGAGUUGCUGUUUCUUCGCUGGAGUGAGCAUCAUAAAAGACUAAGCAAUUUUAUAAGGACUAAAGCAGAACCUCCAAUCUACUAUUUGCCUAACAAGCCCUUGGAUGAAGAUCCAAUGUCACUGGAGAAGCGCAAAGAAGAGGCAUUCCUAGAAUGGAAGAAUGCAAGAAGAGAGGAAGUGUCUGAGUACCAGAAACAGAUUGGGGAACAGUACGUUGCCAAUGUUGAGAAGGAUUUGGAGAGAUGGCAGAAUGCAAGGAACGCAAGGAAAGCAAACAAUGACCAGAAUUUACAGGAGACUAUGGACAAAGAGUUGGAUACUCAUAGGUUGGAGCAUGGUCCCAAGAAAAGAAAGAUCCCAGAUGGAAACAAUAAUGAAGAUGAUGAUGAUGAUGUGGAAGAUAUAAAUGUGGGAGAGGAUGACAUGAUGGAUGAUGAAUUAGACGAUGACUCUGGUAGAAGGAUUGAUGAAACAACAAAGUAGGGAGCAGGUAACGCCAUUGUAGAUCCUGCAGCUGAUGCUGACAACGCAGAAGGGAAGUGAUCACGCACAAGGUCACAAUUUUCAUUAGUUCUUCUGAGUUAUUUGUUUUUGUAUUUUAUGUCUUGCUAUUUAAGCUUACGUAUUUGGACUUUGCAGCCUUCUAUUUUCUGGUAUUAACCUGAACUUUGUACACUUGUUCUCUCUGUACUGCUAACAUCCUUUAGAAGCAGUUUGAAGAUUUAAAAGCUUGGUGUAGUUUUCUUCCCUUGGGCAAUUGCUACAAAAUUGAAUUGUAGGGUGAAACACCCCUCAUGUAUGAAGUAAAUAUUUAGAUGUUGUGGUUUGAUUCUUAGUGACAGAAGUGAUUUUCAGUGUUCUGGUACA